CGUACGUACAUGUAAACAAGUCGAUGGGCAAUGAAGCGAUUAAAAGAAGUUAUCGUUAAAACAUGACGUUUCGGCUUGCGGUUCACUGUCGUCAGUAUAAGAAAAGUAAAUUAACCUCGAUGUCCACGGCGUUCCGGGGUUUCCAUUCCGUUAGCGACGUGUCGGCGUUGCUGAAGCCGAGAGGAAGCCGGUGGAGGGAUUUCAGCUGAAUAACCGGGUUCGCUGUUAAGCUAUCGUAACCUUUCUUUGUUGCUAAGGCGGUGGCCUGUCUUUUCACGCCAGAAUGGCUACUCUGACCAGACAGGACCUUAACUUUGGUCAAGUUGUGGCUGACAUUCUGUGUGAAUUCCUGGAAGUUGCUAUUCAUCUCAUUUUAUAUGUUCGGGAAGUAUACCCCUCUGGGAUAUUUCAGAAGAGAAAGAAAUACAACGUACCAGUGCAGAUGUCGUGUCAUCCAGAGCUGAAUCAGUACAUUCAAGAUACGCUUCACUGUGUUAAGCCACUCAUUGAAAAGAAUGAUGCCGAGAGGGUAGUGGUUGUCAUCAUGGACAAAGAGCACCAUCCAGUAGAAAGAUUUGUCUUUGAGAUCUUCCAGCCUCCACUUUUGUCCAUCAGCUCUGACAAAUUGCUGUCACAUGUAGAGCAGCUACUGAGAGCAUUCAUCCUGAAGAUCAGUGUGUGUGACGCUGUUCUAAAUAAUAACCCACCAGGUUGUUCAUUUACAGUGUUGGUGCAUACCAGAGAGGCUGCUACACGUAAUAUGGAGAAGGUUCAAGUCAUUAAGGAUUUUCCAUGGAUAGUGGCAGAUGAGCAAGAAGUCCACAUGCAGGAGCCUCGACUCAUACCACUGAAGACUAUGACAUCUGAUAUAGUAAAAAUGCAGCUCUAUGUGGAGGAGAGAGCCCAGAAAAUGUAGGUCAUAUAUGUAGGUCAUAAUCUGAGAGGGGAGGAUCUGCUGCAGUACCUAAACUGUGAAGACUGCACUAUGAAAAUCAAGUGCAAAGAAUAAAGAUUACAAGAAUUUAUGAGGGGGGAGGCAUUUUUAAUUAUAUAGAGAGGGCUGUCCCCUCUGGAAUGUAUCUGUCAGUUAUGUAUUUAUGCAUGAUCAAUAAGUAAAAAAAAAUGCUUAUAAGUAGGGUUGGGCAUCGAGAACCGGUUCCAAAAUUUUGAUUCCAAAGGAAUCAUUAAGAAAUUCACAUUUCGAUUCUGCCUAUCAGUUCCUAAAUAAAUUUCACUCGCGCUAAAGUUCAUUUCGGUUUCCGUGGUGGCGGCGUGCAGCUUCCUUAGUUCCCGCCGCCGCAAAUUAAAUGUGCGCCAUCAUGGACCAGAGCAAGCGGUGGUUGAAAGUGUGGCUUCAUUUAGCCUUGAAAAAUGAAGGGUUGGCACGGUGGCACAACGCCAAAACGCCUGUGGCAAAAUUAUUUCGUGCAAGGGGGGAUGCACAACAAAUAUAGCCAAACACCUUCGCCUACACGGUGUACAAAUUAACCAGUGUACCAUGUUUGACAUGUUGCGCCGGUCUCCAUCUCCUGCCUCGGCGUCCUCUUCAGCCACCCCUGAGCAAAUGGCACGCAGUGCCUCGUCGCAAAUGGGUAAGGGAAAAUAUGUAACACUUGUCUUAUUCGCAACAGCGAGACAACAAACAGCUUAUACAUGAGCGAAUUGCUAUAAACUGUAUGCAGUUACUGAAAUGUGUGUAUUCUGUGAUGAACGCUUGCGUAUACAGCCUGAGAAGGCAGAUAUGCUCAUUUUUCUGAACAAGAACUGUUUCUAAUUUAAGGAGUUUAAUACCUGGUAGUCUGGACCAGGGUGUGGCUGUGUCUUUAUUUCUUCAUCUUCAUGUAUGAAGACAGUUGUUUUAAUGUAAAUAUAAGAUUGAGACAUUCACAUGAAUGAUCCAUUCUUAAAACAAAAUGGCUUGUAUAAAGUUUUUUUUUGAAUAGAUUUUUCUUCUGUGAAAUAGGCAUGUGACCUGUUUUGACCCCGCCUCUCAAAGAACUGUAAUCGAGAAUUGUUAAGAACCAGACUCGAAAAGCUGAAUCGGAAUCAGAAUCAUUAAAAUCCAAACGAUGCCCAGCCCUCUUUAUAAGGGUGGGGAUACCUGCAGUCAGUUGAGACUGAAGAGGUCUCUUAGAUGAGUGAUGGAACGGUUCUCGCUCAGUAAACGUCCAGAUGAACUGAUUCAAUUUUCUGUGAUAUCUGUCGGUUACUUAAGUUAUGUGCCAAGUUGCUGUAUUCUGUAGUGGCGUUAAUGUACUUAACACUGUGAAGCUGGCAUUUUCUGUCUCUUUAGAAAUUAAAAACAUAACACAAGAUAUUUUUAAUUACGUUUUUUUAAACCCCAUCCACAGUGAGAUCAAAGGUAAUGGUCAGCUACAAAUCAGACUCUUUGUCUUGCUCACUAGGUAUUUGCUC